AUGAGUAUAGAGAAGAUACACUACAAGAACAACAGCAGCAGUAACAACAACAAGUACAAGUUCAUCAAGACGCAAGAAGAGAAUAAAGGUGAUCUUAGUCAUGAAAAAUUCACGCAAUCCUGGUCGAUAAUUAGUUCAUCAGUUAUUGAAAAAUUAAUUGAAAAGAUAGAAGAGUCGGUGAAAAGACUACAGCAGCAAAAUAAUAAUAUAUUGAAUGAACUUAUAAAAAUGAACAAACAUUUAGAAUCAUUCUUGCAAUUAUCAAUCACACAGCAACCUAAGAAGCAGCAGAAAGGAAAGAAACGAAAAUCAGCUGAAAGUAAACCAAAAAAUUGUAAAAAAACUAAAAAAGAUGAAGGAAGAAUAAAAAGUAUGAUGCACUCAAAUGAUAAAGCUUUUAAAAUUAACACUGUUUUAUCAUGUAAAUUUACAAAAACAUGUGUAGAGAAUAAUGAAAAGGUCGAAGAAAAAGAAGGAGAGUACAUGGAGACUAAAUAUUUCAACACGAAAAAUCAUGAAAUUUUAUCUACAACAUUGUUAAACAAGUGGUUCAAGUCUAAUGUUAUUGAACCUCUACUCACAGAUAUUGAAGAAUUUCAGGAACGUGAUUCUGGUUGGACUCUACAUUCUAUUGAAAACAUACAGAUAAAUAUAAAUAAAUUUAAUCCAAUGCGUGCCGGUAGCUCUUAUAUACCAUUACCAGCAUUCAUAGAGAAAAGGAAAGCAUGCAUAAAUGUUAAAAAUUAUGAUAACAAAUGCUUUAUAUGGGCAAUUUUAUCUGCAUUAUAUCCAGUAAAACAUGCAAACCAUUCUAAUAGAUUGAAUAAUUAUAUUCAGUAUGAAAACAUUUUAAAUAUGGAAGGUAUUGAGUUGCCAGUAUUAUUGAAAAGUAUCCCAAGAUUUGAAAAGCAAAAUAAUGCAAUAUCAAUAAAUGUGUUUGGUCUAGAUAACAAAGAUAUUACACCUCUCUAUUUAACAUCAUGUAAAAAGAGUAACCAUAUCAAUCUUCUUUUACUCACAAAUGAUAAUUUAGAUGGUGGUGAUGUUGAUAAAAGUGAUGAAGGACCUGAAGCGUCAAAAUGGUUUGCUGGGCAGUUAAGAAACAUAGAAAAACAAAUAAGUGAUUUAUAUGCGAACCCUUUACCUAUGCCAGUUCUAUCUCAGACUGAAUUAAUAGGUUAUUAUGAUUCAAAAACGUGUCAUAUUUGUAAAAAAUUGUUGAAUGAUGAUGCAAAGGUGCGUGAUCACUGUCAUCUCACUGGAAAAUAUCGAGGGCCUGCACAUGCUACCUGCAAUCUAAACUAUCAAGAUUCAAAAAUAGUUCCAGUUGUGUUUCAUAAUUUAAGUGGUUAUGAUGCACACUUUAUUAUUACUGAUGUAUCAAACCAUUUUCCAGGACAGAUUGAUUUACUACCUCUGACAAAAGAAAAAUAUAUUUCAUUUACGAAGCAUGUAGAAAACAGCAAAAUUAAGAUAAGAUUUUUAGAUUCAUUUAGAAUUAUGCCUACAUCACUUGAAAAAUUAGCAUCAUAUCUUCAAGAUUAUUCAAUUGUUAAUAAAGAAUUUAGUGAUCUGAGUACGACACAAAUAAACUUACUAACAAGAAAAGGUGUUUUACCCUAUGAGUAUAUAAGCUCUUGGGAAAAACUAGAAGAGUGUAAGUUGUCUGAAAAAGAGGAUUUUUUCAGCAUUCUCAAUGACUCAUCGAUAUCUGAUCGAGAUUAUGAGCAUGCACAAAAUGUAUGGAGUACAAUUAAUAUACAAACACUUGGCGAGUACUCAGAUCUUUAUAUGAAGACUGAUGUUUUGCUGUUAGCAGACGUUUUCGAAAAUUUUCGAGAUCAGAGCAUGAAUGUUUAUAAUCUAGAUCCUGCUCAUUAUUACACUACUCCAGGAUUUUCCUGGGACGCUAUGCUCAAACAUACAGGUGUACAAUUAAAACUUCUAACAGACAUUGACAUGGUACUUUUUAUAGAACGAGGAAUUCGAGGUGGUUUGAGUCAGUGCUCUAAUCGGUAUGCAGCAGCUAAUCAUAAGUACAUGCUUGAAAAGUAUGAUAAAAAUAAAUGUCUUCCGUAUGAUGAAUUUCAGUGGCUUGAAAAUUGUGAAAGUUUUGAAUUGUUUUCCAUCGCAUCAGACGCUUCUCAUGGUUAUAUUUUAGAAGUAGAUUUAGAUUAUCCUCCUGAAAUACACGAUGAUCCAUUCUGUCCAGAACAUGCAAAACCUCCGGGAUCUAAGCUGGAAAAACUUUUAGCUACACUUCAACCUAAAAGAAAUUACGUUAUUCAUUAUAUUGCUCUGCAACAAGCUCUUUCAAACGGUCUUCGACUUGUUAAAAUACAUAAAAUUCUAAAAUUUAAGCAGUCUCCCUGGCUCAAAUCAUAUAUUGAUUUGAAUACUAGUAUGAGGGCAGUAGCAAAAAAUGAAUUUGAAAAAAACUUUUUCAAACUAAUGAAUAAUGCUGUAUUUGGCAAGACCAUGGAAAAUAUUAGAAAACGAGUUACAGUCAAACUAAUGAGUAAAUACGAUGGAAGAUAUGGUGUCGAAGCUCAAAUUUCGAAGCCAAACUUUCACAGUAGUUCCAUAUUUAAUGAGAAUCUAGUUGCAAUACAGUUAAAUAAGACUGAUGAUGAUGAUGAUUGA